AUGGAACCCGCCGUUCUAAUCCACCGCGUCACCAAAACCCUCGCAGCCGCGGGCAUCGGCGCCGUCCUCUGGGGCGAGCACCUGCUAGCCACCUACGGCUCCGACAUCCCCACGCAACCAGACUACAAAUUCCUCCUCGACGACGCCAACGUCACCGCCGCCUUCGACACGCUCCUCGCCAACGGCCACGUCCUCUGCACGCGCCAAGACUGGGACGACGGGCUCUGCCCCGUCGUCGAGGAAAUGCGGUCGAGGCGCCAGACAAAGGAACACUACAGCCCCUUCCACCCGUUCCCGGCGUACCAUGUCCACGGGCACCGGGAUACGCUGUACCAGCUUGACACGGUGAUCGCGCUGUACAAGGCCUCGGCCUUCCUCCCCCCGACGUCGGAUCUUUGCCCGCUUGGCCCGCCGGCUAUUCUCCCCGGUGAGGACGGCCGUAUCAACAGCCAAGCGCGCUUCCUGUACGCGCAUAUCUCGGGUCCGAAUCCCACUGAAUCUCGCGGCGGGAGAUUCCCCGCUCACCUCGAUUCCGUCCUCAUUCCGUCCCCCAUGUAUUUCGCGCACAUCCUCAUCCACCUCGGCAUACGCGACUGCAUACGGCCCGGCGCACGGACACUCUGGAGCGCGUGGCUGAUGGAACUGCGGGAGUGCUACGAGCUGCACGGGAGGGGGUUGGACGAGUGGGAUGAAAAGUUGAAUUUCCCUGAGCCGCUCAGGCCAAUCUGGCAGUAUGCGAUUGAUGCGCAGAAUGAUGUGCUCGAGCAGCCCGGGUGCAUGAAGGUUUGGCGAGAUGCGAUGUGGAGGCUUGUGGGUGUUGAUCCGGAGGAGGCGGUUCAGAAAGAGCAUUUGGCGUUCCGGGACGGCAGGUGA